AUGGAGCGGCUUUGGGGUCUACUCCAGAGAGCGCCACAGUGGCCCCCCAAACCCAUCCAGACCAUCUACAAACGUGUGGAAGGCCCCCACCAGGGGCGCCUAGAGGAGGAAGAGGAAGACGGGGAGGAAGGGGCAGAGCUACCUGCCCACUUCUGCCCCAUGGAGCUCAAAGGCCCUGAGACCCUGGGAGCUAGACCCGUCCACGUCCCGUGGGCUGCUGCAGGACGGAAGGCCGCCCCCUACCUGUUCCUCACGGCCCUGCUCAUCUUCACUGGGGCCUUCCUCCUGGGCUAUGUGGCCUUCCGCGGGUCCUGCCAGGCGUGUGGGGACUCCGUGCUGGUGGUCAGCGAGGACGUCAACUAUGAGCUAGGUCUGGACUCCCGCCAGGGCACCUUGUAUUGGAGCGACCUCCAGGCCAUGUUCCUGCGGAUCCUGGGGGAGGGGCGCCUGGAAGACGCCAUCAGGCAGACCAGCCGCCGGGAGCGCGUGGCGGGCUCGCCGGAGAUGAGCGCUAUGGCCGAGGACCUCCUGGAGGGGCUGUCCCGCCAGAAGCUGGACCACGUGUGGACGGACACUCACUACGUGGGGCUGCAGUUUCCGGACGCAGCUCACCCCAACACCCUGCACUGGGUCGAUGCGGCCGGGGGCUCGGAGGAGCAGCUACCUCUGGAGGACCCCGACGCCUACUGUCCCUACAGCGCCACGGGCAACGCCACGGGCCAGCUGGUGUACGCCCACUACGGGCGGCCCGAGGACCUGCAGGCCCUGAGGGCCAAGGGCGUGGAGCUGGCCCACUGCCUCCUGCUGGUGCGCGUGGGGAUGACCAGCUUCGCGCAGAAGGUGGCCAAUGCCCAGAAGUUUGGGGCCCGUGGAGUACUCAUAUACCCUGACCCAAAAGAUUUCUUCCAGGACCCACACAAGCCAGGCCUGUCCAGCCACAGGGCAGUGUAUGGACACGUGCACUUGGGGACGGGAGACCCAUACACGCCUGGCUUCCCUUCCUUCAAUCAAACCCAGUUCCCUCCAGUGGAAUCGUCGGGCCUCCCCAGCAUCCCUGCCCAGCCCAUCAGUGCCGACAUUGCCGACCUCUUGAUCAGGAAACUCAAAGGUCCUGUGGCUCCCCAGGAAUGGCAGGGCCAUCUCCCAGGCUCCCCUCAUCACCUGGGCCCUGGGCCGAACCUGCGCCUAGUGGUCAACAACCAUAGAACGUCCACUCCCAUCAGAAACAUAUUUGCCUGUAUUGAGGGUUUCGCAGAGCCAGAUCACUAUGUUGUCAUCGGAGCCCAGAGGGAUGCAUGGGGCCCAGGAGCAGCCAAGUCCGCAGUGGGGACCGCCAUAUUGCUGGAGCUCGUGAGGACGUUUUCCUCCAUGGUGAGCAAUGGCUUUCGGCCUCGCAGAAGCCUUCUCUUCAUCAGCUGGGACGGAGGUGACUUCGGCAGCGUGGGCUCCACCGAAUGGCUGGAGGGCUACCUCAGCAUGCUGCACCUCAAAGCCGUGGCCUACGUGAGCCUGGACAACGCUGUGUUUGGGGAUGACAAGUUCCAGGCCAAGACCAGCCCGCUUCUGAUCAGCCUCAUUGAGAACAUACUGAAGCAGGUGGACUCUCCGAAUCACAGCGGACAGACCCUGUAUGAGCAGGUGGCUUUCGCCAAUCCCAGCUGGGAUGCUGAAGUGAUCCAGCCUCUGCCCAUGGACAGCAGCGCUUAUUCCUUCACGGCCUUUGCGGGGGUCCCAGCCGUGGAGUUUUCUUUCAUGGAGGACGAUCAGGCCUAUCCGUUCCUGAACACGAAGGAGGACACGUAUGACAACCUGCACAAGGUGCUGCGGGGUCGCCUGCCCGCCGUGGCCCAGGCCGUGGCCCAGCUCGCCGGCCAGCUCCUCAUCCGCCUGAGCCACGAUCACCUGCUGCCCCUUGACUUCGGCCGCUAUGGGGACGUGGUCCUCCGGCACAUAGGCAACUUCAAUGAGUUCUCGGCUGACCUCAAGGCCCGCGGGCUGACCCUGCAGUGGGUGUUCUCGGCGCGGGGGGACUACAUGCGGGCUGCGGAGAAGCUGCGGAAGGACAUCUACAGCUCGGAGCAGAGCGACGAGCGGCUGAUGCGCAUGUACAACGUGCGCAUCAUGAGGGUGGAGUUCUACUUCCUGUCCCAGUACGUGUCGCCGGCCGACUCCCCGUUCCGCCACAUCUUCCUGGGCCGCGGAGAGCACACGCUGGACGCCCUGCUGGAGCACCUGCGGCUGCUGCGCUCCGGCGCCGCCUCCGCCUCCGCCCCGGGCCCGGCCCCCGCGCAGGGCUUCCAGGAGAGCCGCUUCCGGCGCCAGCUGGCCCUGCUCACCUGGACGCUGCAGGGGGCAGCCAACGCGCUGAGCGGCGACGUCUGGAACAUUGAUAACAACUUCUGAGGCCGCCCCGCAUGCCCCCGUCCCUUGGCCGGCAGCCCUUUCUUUUCCUGCUUGGGGUCGGUCCGCGGUGUGAAGGCGGUGCCCCGCGCGCCUCUCAUGGCAACUCAUUGCUCACUAACUUUCCUGGUCUUUCCACGGCGCUCCGCGCGCACACUCACGUAACACACCCCUGGAAGGACAGUGUCGGUGAGCAGCCCUUACGCACAACGGUGAUGGUUCAUCUGAAAGCUGCAUCCAGCAAUCACGACCCUGUGCCCUCUUCAGGAGCACAGCCCCCCCCCCCCCCACUACCUAGAGCGUACCUGGAGCCACCUAGGCACACGGACCUGGCCAGCUCCCGUAGUGGGAAAGAUGGUAGGGCCAACAGGUGGUGGAAAAGGGGGUCGGACGUCAGUAAACCACCUGGUGACCUUUGUGACUCAUAAACAUGAGCAUCUUCCUCAUCCCCAUCCCCCAUUCUCUCCCUUGAGAUAGGGAAAGAGUGGGCAGAAAGGACUAGAGAGGGUGCCUGCAAGAUUCAGUUUCCAUGGGGGAAAACUGUUGCAUUAUGUAAGGGAACUGCCUAAACAGAUGAGAAAGCUCUGUUCUCUGAAGACCACCAAGGGAUUGGGGGUGGGGAGCACAGCUGGGUUUGGACCACGGGUGGCUACAUAAUUUUCACAGCCAGGUGCAGAGUAAAAACGCAGGGUCCUGGCUAAAAAAAAAAAAAAAAAGCAGAAAUGUGGGCUGAGGAGACGUCUUAGUGGGUAUGAGUGCUUGCCACAACCAAGAGGGCCUCAGAAGACUUGAAACUGCCUGAGCUCCAUUCCCUCGGAUCCACAUGAAUAACUGGGUGUGGGCAGAUGUGUCUUUAACUCCAGUCUUGUG